ACUUUGAAGGCUCCAAACAGCAGAAUUCAGUGAGCACCAGUGGACCACUCCUCUCUGUGGUGCAGUAGUGGCGGAUAAAUAUAACCCCCCUCCACCUCCUCCCUCCUCUACCUCCUCCAUUUGUUGAGUUCUGCAACAUCCUGACUGGCCAAGGCUGUCAAAUGCAGGCAACAAGCCCCCACAAGACGGAUGAUCUAGCCUUCUGCCACCACCCCCUUUUCUUUUAUUUCUUCUCAAUUCCGAGGAGACGGUCUCCAUUUGCUGUGUGAAGCGGACACAAGAUACACCAUGGGAAUCAAGUCUGGCCUCCCCAGAUAUGAGCUGUAUCUCUACACUGCUGUACUCUCUGGGGCCCUGGUAUGGGCUGCCAGUUGGAUAUUUCAGGCGUCAAGCGAGAAUGUAAGCAGAAAGGCAUUCAAAGAAAGUGUGAAACCGGGAUGGUACUACUUUGGCAGGAAAAUGGAUGUUGCAGACUUUGAAUGGGUGAUGUGGUUCUCGACAUUCCGCAAUCAUAUUCUUUUUGCUCUCACUGGUCAUGUGAUUUUUGCCAAGAUCUUCACCUUGCUGGCCCCAAAGAUUGGUAUAGAUGGAUGUAAGCACAGAUCGCUCAUCUUCUGUGUGUAUGGUGGUCUGGCGGUCUUAAUCACGAUGGGCUGGACCUUCAUGGGUUUAGUUCUCUCACACUGCAUCAUACUGUACAGUGUGGCCCUGAUAAAAAUGAAAUGGAUGUGCUUUGCUGCAGGCCUGGCCACACUAGCAUCAAUUAAGCUGGAGCCAUAUAACGCCUGGCAGGAAACAUUGGUGACUGGCUCUUUUGAUCUGCAAGACAUUCUCUUUUACGGAGGUUGUGGCUUCACCAUCAUGCGCUGCAUGAGCUUUGCUUUGGAGAACUGUGAGAAGAAAGAUGGCAACUACACUUUCUGUGACAUGAUGAAGUAUAACUUCUACCUUCCCUUCUUCUUCUUUGGACCUGUCAUGACCUUUGACAAGUAUCACACCCAGGUAAACAACACCAUGCUGACCCGCAAGGAGAGGGAGAUGUGGAACAUCACUACCAAAGCCAUAUUGCACCUGGCAAUGAUUUUGAUGGUGGAUGCCUUUUUUCACUAUCUCUACAUCUUGACGAUCCCAAGUGACAUGAUGCUGGUAACCAAACUUUCUGACUGGUGUCUAGCUGGCCUAGCUUACUUCAACCUGGUGUAUGAUUGGUUAAAAGCAGCCGUGAUGUUUGGAGUUAUUAACACGGUAGCAACACUGGACCACCUAGACCCUCCUCAGCCUCCUAAGUGUAUCACAAUGCUAUAUGUCUUCGCUGAGACACACUUUGACAGAGGCAUCAAUGAUUGGCUAUGCAAGUAUGUUUAUGACUACAUUGGUGGAGCUCAUGAUCAAAUCUUCAAGGAGCUCAUGGCCACCAUUAGCACCUUUGCCAUCACCACCCUAUGGCUCGGUCCAUGUGAAUUGGUGUAUAUCUGGUCUUUUUUCAACUGCUUUGGACUGAACUUUGAACUAUGGGUAGCCAAGCUCUUCUCUAUUCCGCCAUUUUCUACCAUGGAGGGGUUUAUGGGGGAAGCCAUGUCACGCAGGAUCCGGGGUCUGUUCAAUGCUGCUAAUUUCUGGGCCAUCGUCCUCUACAACGUUCUUUCCCUGAACAGUUUGGAAUUUGCUAAACUGGUUGGAAGAAGAUUGAUUUUCAAAGGUUUUCCCAUCUCCACCAUCUCUGUUCUUUUGGUGACCUACUGUGGCGUACAGCUGAUCAAAGAGCAUGAAAGACAGGACGCACUACUAGAGGAUGUGCAGCCAGUCAAACCACUAGAUGGUGGCAAAGAAAAGGCAGAAUAGACAUGUCCAAGUCUGUAACGUUUAUUUAAUCUGCAGUAUUCACAACAGAACAGCAAUUUAACAGCCAGGUUGUGAUUUUCAGUAUGUUGGUCACAAUACAGUGAUUUUGUUAUUUGUAGUCAGACGUUUACUAAAGUGCACUUUUCUAGUGACAAUCGUUGGCACAAAGACCCUUUGAUGGAACAUGUUUAUUGUCUCCAGACAUUGCAAAAAAACUAAGUCUGCCAAUUACAGUUUGAAUGAGAGCACAUUAUAUUUUAUUUUAUUUUACUUUAAAGCAACACCAGGUAACUUUUCAAUUUUUAUAAAUGAAUUUUAAAACAUUUGGGAUAAUAUGUCGACUGACAACUAGUUGAAUGACAACUAUUUUAUAUUUUAAGGGGCUCUGUAUCGCUUUCACCGGCACUAAUUAACUUUGAGGAGGGUGGCAGGAACCCUGCAACACAAAAAAUAAAAAACUGCAAAUGUGCUGACUGCUUUACAGCAUACGUCAUUUCCCCCUUUCCCCAUUCAUUAUAAAUAUGGAAGUCGAUGCGAACGCUUUCGGGCGAAUUUUGCGAAGAUGAUGGAGCAACAAGAGAGAUAAAACUGCCCCCCCAACCGAACAAGUCAGCGCUGACGAAUUCGGGCGGGGUGGUUAGCCACACUAAGAUACACGGUUGCUAACCGUCAUAUGCUAUUGUUUAGCCACAACUGGAUUCAUUACCUUAUUGUAAGUCAUCCUUCACACAGUCGCUGGAAACAGAAAUGUUGUUUAAUCCAUCUGCAGGUGACCGAGAGACGGAUUUUUGAUUGAUUGAUGAUUUUACGACACUGUACGGGUAUGCGCUGAUCCUCAUAGGAAACAUACACUCCUGAUCAAAAUCUUAAGACCAGUUAAAAAAUUGCAAUAAUUUAAAUUUUGCACUGUUGUAGCUUAAGAGGUUUCUAAGUAGAGUUUCAAAAUGCAAAAAAGAAGAAAUGAGAGCAAGAGACUAAAUGUUUUGAGCGGCAUUUCAUUGAGAAGAACGAUUUAACUAAAAUAAGCUGUUCAUCAGCUGAUCAAAAAAUUAAGACCAUAGCUAAAAAAAACCCCUUAAACAGGAAUUACAGUCUCAAAAACAGACUCAUUAAUGAGUAGCUCCACCAUUAUUGUUGAUCAUUUCAAAAAUUCGUAUUGGCAUGCUUGAUGCGAGUGUUUCCAAAAGGCUUGUAGGAAUGUUGCUCCAAGUGGUGAAGAUGGCUUCAUGAAGGGCGUCCACUUUCUGGAACUGAUGUCCAUUUUUGUAAAGUUUCCUUGCCAUCCAUCCCCAAAUGUUCACAAUUGGAUUUAGAUCAGGGGAACAUGCAGGAAAUCAAAAGAGUGAUGUUAAAACAAUCCUUUGUCAGACGGGCAUUGUGAAUUGCAGCAUUGUCCUGCUGAAAAACCCAGUCAUCACCACACAGACGAGGGCCCUCAUUAAUGACGGAUGCCUGCUGCAAUAUCUCCACGUAGCCGGCUGCUGUUUGACACCCCUGCACAACCGGGAGCUCCAUUGUUCCAUUAAAGCAGUACUUCUCAAACAGUGGGGCGCGCCCCCCUGGGGGGGCACAGAGCGAUGCCAGGGGGGGCGCAUGUGACCUCGGGGAACAUGUUUUUUUUUUUUUUUUUUUGCCGCACUGGAAUAAAGUGUACUUGCACAUCCAUUCAGUGGGUGGCAGUGGCGCUCUCAUUUUCAGAGUGCGCGCAGUAUUUUUGAACUAAAGGAAGAGCACUCAGCACACACAGAAAACAGAUAUGAAGAGCAGUGAGCAGCCGUUUUCGAAAGCCGUUUUCCGACCGGACUCACUCACGCAGCGACCCACUGUCUUGUCCGGUUCUCACGUCGCCGCCCGAGAAGUGCCAUUUUCGGCUUGGGAUCGUCACGACGACCGCCCUCACCUACGGUUCUACCUCGGCCGCCGAGAAUGCGCUUUUUUCGUGCCGUUUGCCUUUUAGCUUUGACUUUUAAUACAGUGGGUGAUGAGGAAAGACCACUGUUUACUGUGUCUAAAAAUAAUUAUAUCGGACAGUCAGAAGCCAAAUCAAUUAAGACGCCACUUAAAGACAUUAGACCCCAAUCUCAUUGAUAAGCCGCUUGAUUGUUUUUCAGUGAAAACGUGCCGAAUAUUGCCAACAAUCGUCCUGCUUUGUCAGUGUUAUCAGUAAACCAGUGAGCAUUGUUAGCAUGCUCAUUGCAAAAUAACUCCACACCAUUGCAAAGGAGGUAAAUACUGUGAGCAGCAAAAAUAAAAACUGUCCUUCUGUCCAAGGACACUCUUUUUUUCUUUUAUUCAGUUUUGUUUUUUCGGUCAAAUUUUUUGGCAUAUUGUCCUCAUGAGUGAAUGUUUCUAAUCAAUUUUAAUUCAUUAUUUACUGAUCUUAUUACAUUUUAUUUUUCUGUAUCAAAUGGUCAAAAAUGUACCUUGAGUGUAUUUUUUACAGUUUGGAUGUGACUUUUUUUGAAAUUCAGGCAAAAUUGAUGCGCGUCAAGUCUUCUCUGUUACAAACAAAACAAUGUUAAUAAAGUUAUACUUUAUUAUAAGUUGAUCUAUGUUACUUUUUUUCUUUAUUACAAAAAAAGGACACAAUGUUAGGCAGAUGCGUAUUUAUAAUAGUAAUUUUAUAGACAAAUGAUACUAUUUACAGUGACGGCAGAGAGUUGGGGGGGUGCGCGAAACAUUUACGUCUUUCUUGGGGGGGGCGUAACAGAAAAUAAUUGAGAAGCACUGCAUUAAAGGAAAAGCACCCCAGAUCAUGAUGGUGCCCCCUCCGCUGUGCCGUGUUGAAAAAAUCUCAGGUGGCAUCUCCCUGUCAUGCCAGUAGCGUUGGAAGUCAUCAGAACCAUCAAGGUUAAUUUUUUUCUCGUCAGAGAAUGAAACUUUCUUCCAACCUUGAACGUCCCGUGUUUAGUUCUCGCUUGCAAAGGCCAAACGGGCAAUUUUGUGGCGUUGAAGGAGACGUGGCCUUUGAAGACGUUUUCUUUAAAAAUUUUUUUUUUUGAAGCCAUUCCUUUGCAGGUGCCGUCUGAUGGUUAUUGGGCUGCAGCAGCAGCAGUAAUGGCCUUAAUUUGGGAUGAGGAUCAUCCCGUGACGGAAAGCCCUUCAGAUCUUCCGACUCAGUGCCGGUGAGAUUUUUUUUGGGUCUACCACUUGAUUUUUUUGUUUCAUAAACCUCAGGAUCUUUUAAGAAAUGCAAAAUGACUGUCUUACUGCGUUCAACCUCAGCAGCGAUGGCACGCUGUGAAAGGGCCUUGUCUAUGCAGCUCAACAAUCCUGCCACGUUCGAAGGCAGUGAGUUUUUUUUUUACUUUUCCCAUCAAGAGGUCUUGACAGUGUGAUUAGU